UAGCUAGCUGCUUUUUGAUAAGGAAGUAAAUGUCUGUAUACUGCAUGUAUCCAAGUGUUGGACAACUGUAAAUAAUGCCAUAGAGAUCUUGCUGGGAGUGCAUUAAUGUUUAAUACUAGAACAAAGCAACUGCCACACCUUUGGAAACUAGAAUCUACAUUUAGUCAAGAUUCUUAGUGACUGCAGUCAGAGAGGUGCUGCUAAAAAGAAAACGCACCAUUCCAAGCAACAAAAUUGGCUACAAAAUGAAGACCCAGUGUAUUAAAUAAUGCAUAACAAAGGACUGUGUCCUAUCCUUCCUGAGAGUUCUACCAAGAAUUAACAAAUGGAAACCUUAUACCAGGAAUACUUGGUACCUACAGGAACAUUGGUGAAGCCUUACAAUUGGUUAACAUUCACUCAAGAUUGCUUAAAAUGCCCAUAUCACAUCAAAACUGGUGAAGAAGCUAGAAUUCCCUACAUGGAGUUUUACGAAUUAUUUGGUUUUCCAUAUGGUCCAACAAUGCCCCUUCAGAGACACUUAACAUUUUAUGAGCUUAGAACAUCUCAUGGCAUUGUCAUUCAAAAGGGGCAGGCCAGUAAUUGUACCUUCUACAGUCUACAUCCAGAAUCAAUGCUAUUUGAUGUAGAUGGCUAUCUGGACUCAGUAAUGUAUACCUAUGAGGACAUUAGCUAUAUUACCCUCUAUGCAAAUUACACACCAUGUAAUGAAUAUAGCAACUACUGUAUAAACAAAAUGUAUGAUUUCUUAUCAAGUUAUCCAAACACUCGACUUGAUAUUUAUUUUUCUCAGCUUUAUCACACAACUGAAGACAAUCCAGAAGCUGUUUGGAAUUGUACUGGUUUGCACACUCUUUCUAGCUUAUGGCCGAGAGUGACCAUUAACCCUAUCAGCGGUGGCAUGUGGGUAUCUUUGCUUCAUAGGUUUGUUAAUGGUGUCUCUGAAAUGACCUUUUAUAAUCCUAUCUUACCCAUAAGAGCUUUUGCAGAUAAAUACAAUGCAAUUCAGAUAGCUGCUAUUACUGGUGUUAACCCUUUCUUUAUAGACACUGUUCCACAAGCAAUGCACAGGUAUCCAAUCCACAGGCAUCGUGCUACACAUGAGUAUACUCUGAAGCCAUCUGCAAAGCCAUCUUAUUUAAUGAUGAAUAAGCAAAUGUCACCAAUGGUUCCCCCGCCUGUAAAAUAUGUGCCUUUCUGUCCAUUCAUAUCCUUUCCUCCUGGUCUCCAGUAUCCAUAUCAGUUUACAAAUAUGAACCCUAAAAGGACGGUUGUGAGACAUCUUCAACCCUCCGAUGAAAUAAAAAAUGAACACUCAUCAGCAAAGCUGUCACAUAACAUUCGUCAGAUUGAGGAAGUAACAGUUACUGAGUAUGUGGUAAAAGAAAAUGCAGAUGACACCAAAGAACAGAAAAAGAAGAGAAGAAAAACUAAACGAUAGUAGAAUUUAUUUUAAGCUGUCUUUAGAGACAGGCAAGCCUGACACAUUUUAAAGCAUGUGUAAAUGCUGGAAAAUUAUUUUCCAAAAAAUAACAUAGUACUUGUUUACAAGCUAUCAUGAAAUUCAUGAAAAUAUUUACCUCCCUAAAUCUUUAACAAACAAAUCCAUAUGAAAUAAGAAAAAGAUGUAAACCUGUAACAGACUGAGCAAUGUGAAUUUGUACGUCUUUAACCAUGACAUUUCUACAAUUCAGAUAUAUUUACUUUUUAGGCACAUGGUUCUGCAAUUUGAAUUUCAUUUGUGUACAACAUUGUAUACCAUUUCUAUUUUUAAGAUUUUGCAACUUCAAAAUGUAACUUCAAGGAAAUUUUGUUUUUUGACCAAAAUGCAAUAUAAAAUUUCAUCUCAAUGA